AUGUCUCCAAAUCUCUUCCUGUGCUUGCGCACUAUGUUCUGUCCGACCUAUUGGUUCCAGAAGGGCCAACGCAUCGAUGGCAAUGUGAAGCGCGAACAGCAUUGGGAUAGCCCCGUGCCAGGAACCUACAAGUUCUUCCCUGGAAAGGGCUGGCAACUCAUCCGGCGGGAUGGCAGUGAUCGUGAUGAAAAGGUCCCUCAGACCCUCGUUUACUGCCGCAUUCUGCACCAAUACAUGUUCGAAUCCGAGCUGAAUGAUCGCUGCCGUUGGUACAAGGCUCCACUACACAGGGGCGCUGCCCCUGAGGACCUCCGCUUCUUCCUUCUGGACGACGGCAUUCACUGGGUCGCCGGUUGGGAUGCCCAGGGCCGAUUCAUCCCCGGACCGUACCCGAAAUGGUACCUUGAUGAGGAUGGGGAGACCAUGCACCGUGGAGCCUCGCCCUGCUCGAGUGCCAAUGUGUCGCGACGCAGCAGCAUCAUUGCUGGCAAAUUCGAUUGA